AUGUCGAACCACGCACUCAUAUUUGGGGCAUCGGGUAUCUCAGGUUGGGCGCUGGUGAAGGAGGCUCUUUCUUACCCAGAUACUACAGCAUUUGCCAGAGUCACUGCACUCACCAACAGAUCUCUCUCACUUGCAGACAGUCAAUGGCCUGAAGACAAACGCCUUCAAGUAAUCAGUGGGAUUGAUCUGACAAGGCCCCUGGCAGAUGUGAUUGAGCUGCUAAAGAACAUCCCAAAUAUAGCAACUGUGUCCCACGUCUUCCUAUUCCUGUUCCUUGACCCGGGCAAAGACAAGAAAACCUUGGUGGAAGUCAACACCAGCUUGGUCAGGACCGCCGUCCAGGGCAUCCAACAUUUGUCCCCAGUCAUCAAGUCCUUCAUCCUCCAGACUGGUGGGAAAGCGUAUGGCCUUGAACGACCUGAUGUUGUCGAGAUUGUUCCUCCUCUCAAGGAGUCCUCACCCAGAGCACCCCCACCCAUCGCCGACGACAUCUUCAAUUACCAUCAAUAUGAUGUUCUCAUGGAAUUGUCCAAGGACGCGUCCUGGACCUUUACCGAGAUUCGUCCUGAUGCAAUGAUUGGGUUUGUCCCGGGGACCAAUGCCAUGAAUAUCGCUCAGGGUCUUGCUUUCUACCUGACGCUUUACCGGGAGGUCCACGGAGAAGGGGCAUCCAUUCCGUAUCCAGGGGCCGAACACGGCUACCGACACAAACAUACGGACACCUUUCAAGACAUCGCAGCACGUGGGGAGAUAUUCGCCGCCUUGAAUCCAGACAAGUGCGGCUCUGGCCGGACGUUCAACAUCGUCAACGGCGAUGUAAUUACAUGGGCCGAUAAGUGGGCACCUCUCGCUGCAUAUUUUGGGCUCCGAGGUGUUGGACCUCAGGGAGCAUUCGAACCACCCGCCGAGUUUGUUCGCAAACAUGCCAAAGUCUGGGAUGAGUUAGUGAAGCGAGAGAACUUGAAGUCGGGUCGCAUCGAGGCUUUUUCCUGGGCAUUCUUGGACGUGAUGAUGGACAAGGCAUUCUUUGAUCGUCAAUAUGAUGUUGGUGCCAUUCGUGCGGCGGGUUUCAAUGAAACCAUCGACACGGUCGAGGCCUACACGACUGCCUUUGACAGAAUGCGUCUAGCUGGGAUUAUUCCAUAG